AUGGACUACAUAGGCCUUCCAAACAUAAAUACCCGUGCUGCGGCUUGGAAUAAGUUUGCACAGUUAUGUGCUAACCAAAGUAGUGCUGAUAGUCGUUCAAACAAAUCCGUCGGGUCUUCCUUCCAAAUUUUGUUUUCAAAGUUGAGAUAUUCAAAUGGUAUAAUCAAUGAUGGUGAAAUUUUGAAAAACCCGGAACUUAAUGUCUUGUUCUCAAUUUGUGAUAAUUGCUCAAAGUUUAAAAAUGAGUACCAAGUUGACGAGCUCUUCCCAGUUUUGAUUAAGUAUCUUGUCAAUUCUCCGAACUUUUCGUUCAGAUCAGUUUCUAAUUUUAAAGAUCAAGAUUUGACUCCUUGGACUAAAUUGACCAACGUACUCACAUUGGGUUUGAUCUCGUUGGCAGAAAAUUUCCCCAAGUUUGGAGAGCUACUGCUCAAUGCAUUUUAUGACUAUAUUUCAAAUUUGGACACUGAUCAAUUGUACCAUCAAUUUUCUUUGGUCGGCUUUCUACAAGCAUUGAUAAAAUCUCCAAGUGCUAUUAAUGAGGAUGUUUUCAAGUUAGUCAAUUCUAAAGUACACAUAGAAUUUUUUGAUGCAGUUGAAGAUUCCAUUUCCAGAAUAAGUGAUCCGAAAGAUGUUGAUCUGAUUUAUGUUUUCAGCGAUUUAGGAUUUGAAUAUUCUUCUCUUUUUUUUGUUGAUUUGUUUGAGAAAUUUCAGAUGCAAUAUCUAAAACUCCAAAUUCAUGCUAAUCUGGAUAAUUCCUUGUUAAGCCACUUGUUGGAUUCUAAAUCAAUUUCUUUUUCUAUUCUUGAAAAAAAACUUGAUGUGUUCGAUAUCAUUCUACAGAAUCAAUUCAAAAUUGAGGAUUUUAUUGAAAACUCAAAUGAAAGAGUGACCACUUCUUCAAUUUACCGCCGUAAAACAUGCCUGUCAAUCCGUGCACAAGCUUUGGAAAUCUACAGUUUCAACAAUUCAAUUUCCAAGCUUGACUUUGAGUUUGUCAAUGCAAAAGUUUCCACUUAUUUAUCAGAUUUUAUGGUUUCAAUUGAAGAUGGUUCGCCAGUUGCACUUGAUAUGAUAUCCUCAAAUUUACUACUCAACGUAUUUGGCACCAGUGCUAUUUUGUCUGAGGAUAAUCAAAGAGCAGGGCUACAAAUCGUUAAACAUUUCCCUAUUAUAAUUCAAACUGUUAUUAUGCCAAAACAAUUUGUCAGAGAGCUCUCUAAAGCAGUGAGAUAUUGCUUGCACAGUUUAUCAAAGGAUGACUUCAUUUCUUUAAUCUACACUUUGAUUAAUAUCAUUGAUGUACAGUCCAAUAAAUUGGGGAAAUCAAAGCCUUCCAGACCUUCUACCGUUGCCACAGGUGAUGCAUCGCUAAUAGCUGACUCGUACAUCGUUGAAAGAAACGAUUUGAUCCCCCAGAAUAUCAUUACUGCCGUUGUUGAAAUAUCAAGAUCAUCAAAUGAUGAGUCUGUUAUCACCUUGGUUACCACGCUAUUGUACCAAAAAAUUAGAUCAGGCUCUAAUGAAUUAAACGCAAUUUUAUUGGAUGGUCUAACUGAAUUUAUUGAUAGUAUGAAUAAGAAGGACUUUUCAUCUCUUUUGAAGUAUUACUAUGAUUUGUCUGAAAGCUCUUUCAACAAUUUAUCUGACCUAAAAAUUGGUAUUGAUACGUGGAUCAGAUUUUCAAAGGCAAUGUUAAACUCCUCCAAUGAAGAGCUAUACAACCUCUACUUAAACGGCUUAUUAAUGCAAAUUAUUUCUAAAGGUGAUGUCGAUGAUCUAGAGCAUCAUAGGCCAAACCAAUCGGUUACUGCAUCAGCAAAUCAAAUCGUAAUAUUCUUAAAGCCACUGGCCAACUUAUUACCCCCUAUCAAUGAGAAACCAAGAAUUCCAACUAAUAAAGAAACCAUUCGUAGAUUUCAAGAUGCUUGGUUUAAUCUAUCCGUUCAUGGAUUUGCAUAUAACUCCUCUUUAUACAAGGAACAUUUGCCCGACUUAUUGAGAAUUGCACAUAGUACCCCUGCAUUAGCUUCUGAGAUCACCUGGAAUAGAAGUGAAACAUCUAUCGAAAUGAAUACUAUUCUGAGAAGGGGGACUUCAAAGACAACAGAGAGAAUUCAUAAAGAUAUUUUAAAACAAGUCAUCUCUUUGAAGAGUAGCAACCUUGACGAUUCACAGCUUUCUAGACCAGGCAUAAUGUUUUUGUCGUCUACCUUGAUGCUCGAAAUGUUGAGAGUACAAACGGGUAACUGUGCAAAGGCGUUGGAGUAUAUGUCCGAUCCUUCUGUCAUUAUCGCUAAAUUGAGCCCUCAUAUAGCUCACAUAUCUCAAUAUUGUGCUUCAAAAUAUGCAGACUUGCUACUCUCAAAAAAUCGACAAUUAUCAAUCGAUAAAGUGACUUUACGUUUAAAGGAACUUUUCAUCUAUUGUUGUCAUCGUAAUAUUGAUUUACAAAAUUGCGCAUUCAAAUGUGUUGAUAUCAUAUUAGGCAAGAUACCAUCGGCUUUAUGCUACGAGCAGAGUUCUUUUGCGUUGCUGGAUGUACUAGCUUUGUUAUUCCAAAGUAUAAUCGAUGCAGAUACAAACGAGUAUGAACCAUUGACUCAGUUUAAAUCUAGAGUUACUGACAUUAACUUAUCAUUAUCCGAUUCUUAUGUUUGGAGACAAGAAACUCUAGAUAGAUUCAGUGCAAAUGCCACUCGUUGGGUCACCAAUUCCUUGAGAAUUUGUGAUGGUGAUAUGAAAUCCGUUUUGAGCUCUUAUGUUACGAAGGCAGAUGCUUCUCAUAGAACUGUUAAUUACGGUGUUUCAUUUGCAUUGGACAUGGCAAGCAAAGUUUUAUCCAAUGAUAGAGAAUUUUUCCAAUUGCAAGGCAUGCAAUCGAAAAGACUGAACACUACUGCUGGGUUCUUAUCUCAAACACCGUGGAACACUGACUUGAAGUUAUUUGAAAGCAGUUACAGUGAGAUUGUCAAAGUAAGGUCUAACUUGGAUAAAAAAAUCAGUAAAUUCAUUGUCAUGGCGAAAGAACAAUCUAGAAAGGAGAAUUUAAGCAAAGAACUAGGAAAAUUGAUUGAAGAGAUAACCAGAGCAAUAGUUGUUUUCUCAAUUGAUAAAAUCGAAUAUGUUAAAUGGAUUGUUGAUCUACCAUUUUUAUUGUUUGACUCACAUUCUAUUCAACAUGCUUGUUCUAAUUGGUUGGGAAUCAUGAAUUCCAAACCAGAAUGUUCGACUCUUCUAUUAUCUUAUAUUCUCACAAAUUUUGAAAAAACUGUUUCUGAUGGGUUGGGACUAUAUUCAAGAGAGCAUGAUUUGAAAGACCCUGGCUUUAGUACAAUGGAAUAUCUGCCAACUAACAAGUUAGUGGUAGCACAUAAUUCUAAAUUGGCGUCUUCCUCGUUAAAACCUCAUCUACUUUUGAUCAGAUUUUUGUCUUCCCAUUUCCAUGCAACGCUUUAUAGAAGUGAUCAUACUCUAAAUAUGUUUACCGAAACCGUUAUAUUUGCAUUGAAGAGUUUGAAAUCUGCAAGUUUACAUCCAUUUGCACGUCUAUCGAGGUUUGAAAUUGUUAAUUUUGGUUGUGCAUUAGCUAAGCAUCACAUUCUACUAGAGACUUCUUUUAAAUAUCCAAUUAUCAAUGCAUUAUUAGAUGGUUCAUUAUCUUGGUUUACGAAAGAAGUAGUAACACCGUUCGGCAAUAAUAAAUUGAAGGUAAAGGCAGAUUAUGAACUGUUGACUAUGGUUGCUCAAUUUUUCAGUCAAAUGCAGUUUCGGGAUUUGGAAGCUGAAAGAAAAAGGGUUAUAUUACUCUUAUUCAUUGAAGACGAAAUGAAGAUAAUGAACACAUGGAUUAACCCUUUAAAUCCUAGCGUCGUGCCCCCAUAUCUUAUUAAUGUCAAAUUAGAUGAAAAAGUUCUCACUGAUUGCUACAAGCUUGAUGGUAAAUUAGCCUUUAACUUGGUCUCAAGAACAGAAAAGAAUGGCACCUUGUCAUCUUCCUUGGUCAAAACAUUGCGGUCAUUGAUUCUAAAGGAUCCCUUUGCAGUGAGCGAUAUCCCUUCAGCAGUCAACUACAUUUGUGAUUCUGACGUUCCUGCGAUAGUAUGUUGGACACCAGCAGCACCAGUAGACGCAAUCAACAAAUUUCUACCUCCAUUUAAUAGACGUCCGCUUGCUUUGCAGUAUGCAAUGAGAUCAAUCGAAAGUUUUGAUGCCCAUUUGACAUUUUUUUACGUGCCUCAAAUUGUUCAGACUGUUAGACAUGAUGAAUUAGGUUAUAUCCGUAGGUAUAUUCUUGAGACUGCAAAUGUGUCUCAGUUAUUUGCACAUCAAAUUAUUUGGAACAUGUCAGCAAACUCAUUUAAAGAUGAAGAUUCCACUAUACCGGAUGCGAUCAAACCACAAUUAGACUCAAUUAGAGAGAGCAUGAUUGCUUCAUUUUCAGAUCAAGACCGUGCGUAUUUUGAGAAGGAAUUUUCGUUCUUUGGUGAAGUUACUGGGAUUUCCGGAAAGUUAAAACCUUUUAUUAAGAAAUCGAAGCCAGAGAAGAAAGCUAAGAUUGAUGAAGAAAUGUCGAAGAUUAAGGUUGAAGAAGGUGUCUAUUUGCCGAGUAAUCCUGAUGGUGUAGUGAUUGAUAUCGACAGGAAGUCAGGUAAGCCCCUUCAAUCACACGCAAAAGCACCAUUUAUGGCAACUUUUGUCAUAAAAAAGAAGAAGGAGAACUUGAUUGCCGAAGAAGUUAUGAAUGAAGAGGAGAAAUAUGAGAUUGUUAAAACAAGUGCAAUUUUCAAAGUCGGUGACGAUUGUAGACAAGAUGUUUUAGCAUUACAGUUGAUUUCAAUGUUCAGAACAAUUUGGAUGACAGCAGGAGUUGACGUUUAUGUUUUCCCAUAUAGAGUCACUGCUACUGCGCCAGGUUGCGGUAUUAUUGAUGUUUUACCUAGAUCCAUAUCUAGAGAUAUGCUAGGUAGAGAAGCUGUUAACGGAUUGUAUGAAUAUUUUAUUUCGCAGUUUGGACCAGAGACAUCGCCUGAAUUUCAACGUGCAAGAAUCAAUUUUGUUAAAUCGUUAGCAGCGUAUUCUAUCAUAACCUAUCUAUUAGCUAUCAAGGAUAGACAUAACGGUAAUAUCAUGUAUGAUCAAGAUGGUCAUAUCUUGCACAUUGAUUUUGGAUUUUGUUUUGAUAUUGUACCAGGUGGUGUUAAAUUUGAACAGUCACCCUUUAAACUAACGAGAGAAAUGGUUAGGGUUAUGGGUGGUAAUACAAGCACCCAGGCAUAUAAAUGGUUUGAAGAGCUUUGCGUUAAAUCUUUCCUUGCUUGUAGGCUACAUAUGCAUGAGUUGAUUGGUAUGGUCGUGCCGAUGUUAGAAAGUGGACUACCAUGUUUCAAAGCAGCAACUAUCAAGCAUUUGACUCAAAGGUUUGUUCCUAAUAAGUCUGAUAAGGAAGCGGCUAUUUAUAUAAGGGGUUUGAUUAAAAAGUCUUUUGAAAGUUUUGCUACAAAAGGUUAUGACGAAUUCCAGAGAAUAACCAAUGGUAUUCCGUAUUAA